UGUCCGAUAGCCGAUUUGGACGGACGUCCGCCCGGAACAAUACCAGUAUCGAAUAACCGGCAAUCGUCGACCGUUCCGGAAAAGUGCAAUAUUCGAAAAACGUUACGAAAUGGAGACUGUCACUACGAUAUUGUUGGUUUUGACCUUUUUCGUUCAAUACUCGUUUUCAGCCGGGGACUUGGAAAGCACGUUAAACCAUUGUUGCAAUACGGGAAAAACGUGGAGCAUGGAAAAAAAAUCGUGCAAUAUCACCCUGUCGUUCCCUUUGUUCAACGUCAACGUCGAACACAAUACGAUGUGUCUGACCACGGUCGGGGCUUGUUGUUUGCAUUCGUUGAGGGAAAUACGAUGUAACGAGGGAAAACAGAUAGGGCUGGAAAAUGGAAUUUGCAACGAAAAAACACAAAUGAUGGGAAGAAAUCAAGUCGAUUUUAUGAUAUGCUGUGAGAUAUGUAAAAUCGGCUUUGCUGUCGGUUCAACAAAAACUAUAUGUCAAUCAACUCCAUUGUUUCACGAACAUCAAUGGGGCGAAGUUUAUCAGUCAUGCUGCAGUAUAGCUAGUACACAAGUAAAAUCAAUUUCGACUGAAACUAAAAAAAACUAUGUGGAAUCUGCGGACACAAAUCCUUGUACUCUUGGAACUCAUAGUUGCACGUCCAGUGAAGUAUGUAUAAUCACAGACAAUGGAUUUGAAUGCCAACCACGCCUGCAACCAUCGAUGCCGUCGAUGGUUCCUGAAAAAUUAACUAUGCAUAAAAGAAAACAAAUUUGUGACCCUGGAUACGCUUAUAAUGUGUAUGAACAAAAAUGCGAAGAUAUAGACGAAUGUUCUCAACGACCUUGUGAUAUAAAUGAACAAUGCAAAAAUUUACCGGGAAGCUAUAAAUGUUACUGUAAAAGUGGUUAUCAAUUGGACUAAGUAACUAAUGCGUGCACAGAUAUAAACGAAUGCCAACUAAACUUGCACACAUGUCAAGAAUCUCAGCGAUGUGACAACACGGCCGGUUCAUUUCAAUGUAUCCGUUUCACCGGAUGCGGAACAGGGUACACGCUCGACGUCGAAUCCGCUUCAUGCAUAGAUGACGACGAAUGUGCACUGAAAACAGACACCUGUGGCGUCUUGGGCCCUGAUUGGAUCUGCAGAAAUACCCUAGGUUCCUUUCGGUGCGAUAAGAAACGUUGUACGGGGCCCAAUUGCCGAGUUCUUCAAGGAGGCUUCAACAACACGAAUCAGAGCAAUCGAAGCAGUGUGAAAUGCCUUCGUGGUUACGAAACAGACCAAAAUAAUAAGUGCACGGACAUAAACGAAUGCAGAUUGGUCAAUCGGUGCUUGAAAAACGAAGUGUGUAUCAACACGAAUGGAAGUUACUACUGUUUGCCCAGAUCGAAAAAUUCUCUGCGAUGAAUGUAAAAAUAUAUGUUAUAUAUUAUGUAUACCUAAGAGUCUUACCUGUAUUAAAGUCAAUAAAUGUUUGUACCUUUAUUUUUUUUUAAA